UCUGGCCUUGACAGUCAGACAGCAAACAGAAGCUUCUCAGCUGUCCAGGUGAUUUUCCUGACACCACUGAAUGUGAAGAUGACCCCUUCAACAUCAACUGAUUAUUACGAUUAUGAAUACAAUGUUACACCGAUUUCCCCGUGUAACACUUACAGCAUCAACUAUCUUGGAGCUCAGCUCUCCACCCUCUACUAUGUCAUGUUUGUCUUCAGCCUCUUUGGGAAUGGCCUAGUUUUCGUCAUCAUCCAUCGAUUUCAGAAGCUGACCUCCGUGACCAACAUCUUCCUGCUGAACCUGGUGCUUUCUUCAUUGAUCUUCACGAGCAGCCUCCCUUUCUGGGGAGUCUACCAGCAGCUCUCCAACUGGAUCUUUGGCACAACCAUGUGCAAGAUUGUAGGCAGUGUCUAUUUCCUGGGUUUCUACAGUUCUGUUCUGUUCCUCACUCUUUUGACCUUUGACCGACAUGUUGCAGUAGUGUACCCUUUAGCAGCAUCACAAGUACGGAGACGUAGCUAUGCAAUAGUUUCCUGUGCAGUGGUGUGGUUAGUCAGUCUGUUAGCCUGCAUCAAACCGAUGAUUCUCUAUAGGCCAUUCACUUUUUUAGGCAAUACAGUGUUCUGCGAUGAAUAUUACAACAUUGACUCUAUUAAUGCAUCCCAUUUGAGAUCAGCUGGAUUUUAUCUUCAGCUUUUCAUUUUCUUUCUCUUUCCUUUAGCCAUUAUCUUGUACUGCUACAUCAGAAUCACCAUUGCUGUUGUAUUAUCCAAGAUAGCCACCAAGUUUAAGACUGUCAGGCUGGUAUUCAUCAUUGUGCUGUUGUUUUUUGCUUGCUGGACCCCGUUCAACAUUGUACUACUGACAUAUGACAAUGUCUCUACCUGUGACAAAGUACAGAGAAUGGGUUAUGCUCUUCAAGUCACUCGUACCAUUGCCUAUGUUUACUUUUGCAUCAGUCCCAUCUUUUAUACAUUUGUUGGGAAAAAGUUCCAGAACUACUUUCGAUUACUCCUGGUGAAACACUUCCCAGGAUUAACAAGCUUUGUUACUGUCAGUCACACAACCAGGUCAACUACUACAAAAAUGGCAACAAGUCCAGUAUAUUAAUCAAAGACCUUUGCAUUUCCUCAAUACUGUUAUUUUCAACAUAGUAACUUUUUUCAAGUAUUUUGAGGAUGUUUUUGUUCAAGAAUGAUAAUGUAAAGAGGUCAAACAGGAGAGCAAUGAAAUAUGAGGAUUUUAACAUGACCAUAGCAAGAUAAAAGCUACUAUUUUUUUUCCUAUGCACAACUCCAUCUUAAUAAUGCAGUUCAUUCAUAUGUGGGAUUGCAUAACUACUUUCUGAUUUUCGUUUGAAACUUUUCAGACUCCCAAAUUGUCUUUUGGUAUUUUGUUUUGGUGCAUGAAAAAUAUUACAAAGGCAGAACAAACUGCUAUGCAUUUGUAUUUUUCUGGGAUCCACAGAAAAUGGGCAUUUUAUGAAAAAUGUACAAUUUUUUGUGUGUGUGUGUGUGUGCCCCCAUGUUUGAACUAUGUGGAUAGUUAUCAAAUACUUGUAUGAGAAUGUGAAUCACCGUCUGCAAAACUAUUAUUUUGACAAACUACUUUUUGACAAAAUCUGUCUGUUGAUAUGCCUCAUCCGUGUUCAUACUUACCCAGGAGAAGUGCUAAACGUAUACAGCUGUGCUCAAACAUUUGCAUACCCUGGCAGAAUUUUUGUUUUGGACAUUUCUUAGAGAAUAUGAAUGACAACACACUCAUGGUUAUUGGUUGGGUGAAGCCAUUUGUUACUCUUAGCUUCAUAGUGGA